AAAUCUUCUAUAUAUAUAUAUUUUUACCUGAUUACAUCUCCAGUCACUACUUUUAUUCUUUGGUCUUGCUAUACUGGGGUCAGGAACUCGGGAUGAUGCAUGUGUUAGGAACAAUGGGUGAAGGAAUAUCAAAUGUACCAGUGCCAUGUUACUUCAAAAUUUAAAUCAUCUGAAUGCAGUAUAAAUGGCUAUUGGAUCCCUCAACUUAUUGGACUCAACUCAAGAGAGAGAGAGAGAGAAACAUCUCAUUAUCCCCCACAUUGGAGGAAUCCACAAACCACACAUAUCCUCGCGCAACAUGGAGGAGAAGAAGCUCCGGUUGUUCGGCUUCGAGCUCGAUCCCUCGGCUGCGCCGAGAAGCCAGAGCGAUAAGCGGAGCACGGAAAAGUCGUUAACCGAUCGCGCCGAAGAAAAGAAGUAUGGGUGCCAGUUCUGUCUGAAGGAGUUUGCGAAUUCGCAAGCCCUGGGGGGCCAUCAGAAUGCUCACAAGAAGGAGAGGAUGAAGAAAAAGAGACUGGAGGUUCAGGCGCGAAAAGCUGGCAUGAAUUAUUAUCUCCAGCCUCUUAUAAGAAGCCACAGUUCUGAGUGCAACAUCUCCAUCCCUUGGUUGUAUGAUCUGUCGCGAUCCGGCCCCGAGUUUGUUCUGUUUGAAGAAUCUCAGGGCAGCUUCAAAGCCUGUGAUCAGAACAUGUAUUAUGUGGGUGGCUUCUUUGCUGCCAAACCGGCUUCUUUUAAAAGCAGCUUCUGCAAGCAGCCGGCUGUCGCCAAGCCGUCGUCGCCGUCGCCGAAGAGUAAUUGCAAACUUUUGGAUCUUCACUUAGGCUUGUAGUUAAUUUUUAUUGGAACUUAGGUAGGGAUUUGCCUUGAAUUGUUGUAUCUUGUUAGCAAUUCUGAAGAUCAUGCAGAAUAUUUGUGUAAUGGAGAGCAUGCGUGACUUGUACCAUGCUAUUGUGUAAUAGAAUUAUUGUUAUAUGCUGGAUUUUAGCAGUUUAGAUUUCAAAAGAAAUCGGAAAAAUUUUAGAUGA